UGAGGUGAACCUUCAUUCUCCCUACAGCACCAUGGCUCUCAUCUCUCUGCUCCUUCUGGCUGCUCUGCUGCCACAGCUGGGCCACUCUGCCAGCGUGAAUGUUGGUAUAGUGAAUGGCACAGAGGCUAAACCUCACUCCAGACCCUACAUGGUGUCUCUCCAAGCAGGGACUCACCACUUCUGUGGUGGCUUCCUUGUGAGUGAACAAUUCGUCAUGACGGCUGCGCACUGCCAAAAUCAAGUAAAAAAAUGGACAGAUGUGACAGCAGUGAUAGGAGCUCAUAAUCUGAAGACCAACAACUUUCAGCGCAUACAAGUGACAGAGAAAUACAGCCACCCAAACUUUACCAAUGACCCCAAAAACCCAGCAAAUGACAUCAUGCUGCUGAAGCUAGCCAAGCCAGUUGUAAAUGCUUCCUGGAUCUCCAUCCCAGAAAAAGAUGAAGACUUUGAGCAAAACACCACUUGCAGUGUAGCUGGUUGGGGACGCACAAAAAACAGUGGACCUGCAAGUGAUGUUCUUUUGGAGGCAAAAGUCACGAUGUUAAGCAGCAAGAAAUGCAAAGCUUUGUUGAAAUACCCCAAUACACUGUGUACAGACACUCAUAAUGGGGGAUUUUGCAUGGGAGACUCUGGAGGUCCUUUGGUGUGUAAUAAUACUGCAGUCGGAAUCAUGUCCUUCUAUGUCAAGAACUGUGUAACUCCUCUAAAACCAUAUGGCUACACCAAGAUUUCUGGAUUCCUGCCCUGGAUCAAAGAAAUAAUGGGUAAAAUGAAAUAAUCAGUAUCAUCAGUGGUUCAUCGGCGCUGACUUGACCUUAAAACUGUCGUUCAUGAUUCACAACAAAUAAUUCCACUGUAAAGAAGCUUCUGACUGGCUAUACAAGUUUUAUGUUACUUUCAUGUGUUACUUUCUAGAGAGUAAAUCCUGUCUUGUUACACAUGUGAAAUGAUAAAAAAUAAAAGUUUGAAAAUGAACCAAGUGUGGAAAGAAAACUCCUGAUCUUUACUGAUAUAUGUAACACAGCAUCACCCACCACCUACCACACCUACCCCUGUUACAUCUUAUGUGUUUUAAUAUAUUUAGGACAUUACCAGAAGUUUUUAUUAAAAUA